AUGGCGCAGUGCUCUGGGAAGAUCACUCUGUAUAAGGGCAAACGCUUCACGGGGAGGGAGCUGGAGGUCUUUGGGGAUUGUGACAACUUCCAGGACCAAGGCUUGCUGAACCGGGUGAGCUCCAUCCGUGUGGAGAGCGGAGCCUGGGUCUGCUUCUACCACCCUGACUUCCAGGGCCAGCAGUUCGUCCUGGAGCACGGCAACUAUCCCGACUUCUCCCGCUGGAAUGGCCACCAUGACCACAUGGGCUCCUGUCGUCCUGUGGGAAUGCACGGGGAACAUUUCCGCCUAGAAAUCUUCGAGGGCUGCAACUUCACUGGCCAGUGCCUGGAGUUCAAGGGCAAGUGUCCCUUCCUUCAGGGUCAGGGCUGGGCCAAGAACUGUGUCAACACCAUCAAGGUGUAUGGGGACGGAGCGUGGGUCCUGUAGGAGGAGUCCAACUACCACGGCCGCAUGUACCUGGUGGAGCGGGGCGACUUCCGCAGCUUCUCAGACUGGGGGGCCCACAGCGCUCCUGUCCAGUCUCUCCGCAGCGUUGUCAACUUCUAG